AUGCAAAAACGUCAAACACAAACGUUGCACUUCGCACAGAGGACGCUUGCAAACGGGCGAACCGCGCGUGGCGGGCCGGUUGCCCCGGGCGCCACCGAAACACCGGCAGAAAACAAAGCGCGGCCCUGCCAGGAGCAAGGCCGGCUGCCCUCCCGGAGCACGCCCCUCAGCGCGCCGAAGCGAACGAAGCGAAGCCGCCAGAGCUGGGCCGCGGCCGGCUCUCUGCCCGCCCUCCCGCUCCCCUCACCCCGCCGGAGCCCGGGCCUCCCCCUCUCCACCGCCGGGCUCGCCCGCCCUGAGGAGAGGCCGGGCUGCUCGGGGCCGGCCCCUGAGCGGGGAGAGGCAGACCUCUGCCCCAAGAGAGAGGCCGACACCCCCUCGCGCCAACCAGCGCCGCUGCGGGAGCCCCCUCCUCUCCCCGAGCCCCGACCGCCAGCAGGCACAGACCGAAUCUGCCGCCGCGAGACCCAACCGCCGCUUCCGCUUCCCGCCCGUCCCUCUGCCGUGACGUCACUUCCAGCAACAAAUAGCAAACGUCAAGCCUGCCAGACAGGAGACGGGGCGGCAGUGGCCUCCGUGCGUGCCGGUGGGGCCUCCCUGGCUCCCACCGCCGCUCCGCUCCGCGCCGCCGGGGGCUGCUCAGCCCCUUCCCGCCCGGCGAGGCUCACGCACUGA